AAAGAUUUGAUUCCUAAAUACUAACUACAAAGUAUAAAGCGGAGUUCGCAUUUUUAUGUUCGUUAUUUUAUUUUUUAAUUGGCUAAAAAAUUCUUUUUUCUAAAUCAAAUAAUAUAAUAAGUUUUAAUUUAAAAUUUUUUUAAAGCAUGUCUGCGGCCACAAAAGGUAUAUUCAUCGUUGCAGCAAAACGAACUGCUUUUGGAACUUUUGGCGGAGCUUUCAAAAAUACAUCACAAACAGCAUUACAAGUAGCUGCUGCAAAAGCUGCAAUUGAAUCAAGCGGCUUAAAACCGGAUCAAAUAGAUACAGUUAAUAUUGGCAAUAUAAUUUCAGUUUCUUCGAAAGAUGGCAUAUAUUUACCACGCCAUGCCGCUCUUCAUUGUGGUAUACCCAAGGACCGCCCGGCUUUAGGUGUAAACAGAUUAUGUGGAAGUGGGUUUCAAGCUGUCAUAAAUGGAGCACAAGAUAUUGCAGUUGGAGCAGCAAAGAUUUCUUUGACUGGCGGUGUUGAAAAUAUGUCACAAUCUCCAUUUGUGGCUAGAAAUAUUCGCUUUGGAACGACACUGGGUUCCAAUUACAAUUUAGAAGACGUUUUAUGGAUGAGUUUAACUGAUUCUUAUUGUAACUUACCAAUGGCGUUAACUGCGGAAAAUUUGGCAGAACAAUACAAAAUUUCAAGAUCGAAAGUUGAAGAAUUUUCUUAUAGAUCGCAGCAAAACUGGAAAAAAGCUAACGAUAGUGGAGUUUUUAAAGAAGAAAUAACACCUUUUAGAUUAAAGAUUAAAGGUAAAGAAGUAGACUUUGCUAUUGAUGAGCAUCCUAGACCACAAACAACGCUUGAAGGAUUGGCUAAGUUACCAGCUUUAUUUAAGAAAAAUGGAACAGUGACAGCUGGAACUGCUUCGGGCAUUUCAGAUGGUGCAGGAGCAGUUAUUGUCGCUUCAGAAGAAGCUUGUAAAGAAUAUAAUUUAAAACCAUUAGCAAGGCUUGUAGGUUUUUCUUCUGUUGGAGUUUCACCAGAAGUAAUGGGAAUAGGUCCAGUUCCAGCGAUUCAAAAUGUUCUAAAAAUUUCUGGUCUUAAAUUAGAUGAUAUUGAUUUAGUUGAAAUAAAUGAAGCUUUUGCUGUACAAACUUUGGCAUGCGCACAAGCUUUAGGUUUAAAUAUUGACAAAUUGAAUGUUAACGGUGGCGCGGUAGCACUUGGUCAUCCUUUAGCUGCCAGCGGAUCAAGAAUUACUGGUCAUUUAGUUCACGAAUUACGUCGCAAAAAUUUAAAAUACGCAAUCGGUUCAGCAUGUAUUGGGGGUGGUCAAGGAAUUGCUUUGUUAUUAGAAUCAGUUUAAUUUAAAGUUUAAUUUUCGGAUAUUACUAUGUUUUUAUUUUUGACUUUUUACUCAAACAUUUUGUAAAAAUUUUGCAUUUAAAUCUGUAGGUUUAUAUAUAUGAGCACUUUUUUAUGAUGUAUUUUCGUAAGUUUUAAAGAAAAACGAAGACUUUAACUAAUAGGGGUCUUAUACAUUUUUAUUAUAUGUUUUUAUAAAAAUAAAAUUAUAAUAUUUAAAUAAAAUUAGAAUAUUUAAAUAAAUUAUGUACAUAUUGUACUUAAAACAACUGAAAAUAAG